UUAACAAGUUUGUUUAUCACAAUAUCAGACUCAGAGGGUUUUAUUGUAAUGUAAGGUGGGUGUACACAACGCAAUCGGCUGUCCAGGAAUUGACACUGACUGCAGAGACUGACCACUAGUCUCGACAUGACAGACCACUGCUGAUGACCAGACGUAACUGACAGUCGACACUGCAGUACUGCACAUGCAGAGAAGUAUCGUCAUUUGGAGCAUUCAGUGCAAUACAUGCAUCUCGUUGUAAAUGUAAAGUCUGCUCUGUACUGCACAUGAAAUGAGAGACUGAUGAGAGGUGCACAUCUACACCGAAUCCCUUUAUCAGUGCAGCAUACAUUGUACGUUAAGUGUAGAAAGUGAGUCAACAAGUGGAACGAUGCACAGGGUAUGAACGCAAUGCUACGGACUUCACCGACAUAAAAAAUGAGCAUCAUCAGUAACACAACACCCGAUGCCGUCCCAUGUGAAAGACUAAUUUGUCACGCCGCCGGACCUCCUCAUGAUGUAUACACAGACAGAGCAUCGGGGCAGACAUGGAGGGGUAGGAGGUGAUUUAUUUGGUAAUCCAUGGAGGAAAUGGUUGGCGUAGAUCAGCUGUAGGAGACGCAAUCAGCACAAGGCGUGAUUUGGAGGCUGUCAUGUGUGUUCAAACCAAACAUGAAUGAUUCUACUUCUAGCUAGGAAGCCACCAUUGCUUACUACAUGAGAGAUAACAAGUGGUUCGUAUUUUAGUACUGUUUGAUGACCUAUCAAAAAGUGUGCUCUUUAUAAAAGGGGCAAAGCUGCAAUCGACAUACUCACCUGUGGCCUUGUGCCAAUGUGAAACAUUAAGAUGUUAAUAAGAAAGUUUCCCGUGUGUUGUGCCAAUUGAUGAGUGCAAUUCUUGCCGAGGUUCUGUCUGCCAGUGUGAUGUUAUACAGGACAGUAAAGAACUACAGUCGUGCUGCUGUUACUGGAGUUGGGUACGUAAUGCGUCUCAUGUCCAGAUACGCUCAGGAUCCCCGAACAUGGUUGCCAUCACAUCUACUUGUUAAGGUCUCGGCAACAAGUUAUUUAUUAUCAACAAUGCUUGCAUUGUUUUUUCCUAUGGCGAUGUGGCGAUGACAUUCCCAAUGGAUGCCACGAGUACAGCAAGCAGUAGCGACGACCCUGGUGGCAGCAGCUUGAUCGGUUCCACGUGCAUCAUAAUAAAUCAAACCAGCACGAGCUCCGAGGAGCCUGAAAGCACGGUGUCUCUACCGGUGUCACUACCGAUGUCGCUCGGCGCAAUCAUCCCGCUGACAAUCCUCAUGGUCUGCAUGAUCUUUAUCAGCAUUCUGGGAAACAGCAUCGUGUGUCUGAUUGUGUACCAGAAGCCGGCGAUGCGGUCCGCAAUCAACCUGCUCCUCGCCAACCUGGCCUUCGCUGACAUCAUGGUGUCGCUAUUCUGCAUGCCCUUCGCCCUGAUCACCUUACUCCAAGGGGCGUGGAUCCUAGGGCAAGUCAUGUGCGAGAUUACGGCCUUUCUGUAUAUCUUUUUCGUCAUGGAAGCGACUUUCAUUCUGGCCACGAUUUCGGUUGACAGAUACUUCAUCAUCGUGCGUCGGAAAGACAAGCUGAACCCCCACCGAGCCAAGAUUGUCAUCGGUGUUUCCUGGCUAAGCAGCUUCCUGGUGGCCUUCCCACCCGUUGUGGGAUGGUCCCACCUCGGGUACUCGCCCGGCCAGGCGCAGUGUCGAGUCCAGAUGCCCAUCAACCCUGCCGACAAAGCCUACAUCGUCUGUCUCUACCUAGCCAUUUUCUACAUUCCGUGUGCCGCCAUGUCCUUCUCGUAUUUAUUCAUACUAAACACGGUGCGCCGCAACUCCCUACGUGUGCAGAACCACCCGGAGUCUCUUAGCAUCAGCCAGGCAAACAAGCUUGGCCUGACGACUCUGCCUCGCCCGUCUCGCGUCAACAUGGACAUGAGUUUUAAAACCCGUGCCUUCACCACUAUCCUUCUAUUAUUCAUCGUCUUCAUUAUGUGUUGGGCGCCCUCCGCCAUCGGCAUGUACGUCGAACUCUUCUCGGAAUCCCACAGGAUGAACCCUUUUGCCGAGGCCGUGAUCGUGUGGCUGACCUAUCUCAACUCAGCCUUCAACCCAAUCAUCUACUGCUGGCGCAUCAAAAAAUUUCGCGAGGCUUGCCGGGAGUUGGCUCCCAAGACUUUUCGCCUUCUGCCCAAGCUGCCCGGGCGCACGCGCAGAAGGAUUCGCCCUAGUGCAAUGUAUGAGUGCAAUGAACAAUCGUCAGUAUGACAGCUGUUAAAAUAUUUAUUAUCUAUUUAUUAAUAUCAGUAUAACGGAAAACGUUCACAGGUCAUAAUUAUUUAUUUUUGUCAUUUUAAAAUUCUUAAUAUUUAUAUUUAUGGAAUGUGUGUAGAAUUGAUGUCAAGCAGCUUACGUGUAGUUUGGUGUAUUAGUUGAAUUCGUUGUGGAAUCUUGAACCAAUUGUGUAAUGUAUGAAUCCCUUGCUCUUACAGCUUGCAUGGCUACACUGUCAGCUCAAGCAUGGUCAGCAUAUUGCAUAAAUGAGGCUUGUCUGUGAUAACUGCACACGCAUCCUAAAAAUGUGCAGCCAAUUGCAUUGUACAAUAAUAUGUUGUUUGUACAUCUUUUUCACGAAGAGGCUUUAUAAGCCCCACAGCCAAUCUUGUUUGGAGGAAAUCACAGAUAUUGAAGUUAAACAAUUUUUUUAAUCAUUGUUUCGGAGACCGUUUGUCAAUUAAACUUUAACAUUUUAACAACCAUGAAAGUGGAUCUUAAAUCAUGCACAUUUGAUGUUAUUUUCAUCAAAGUUUAAUUAAUUAGUAAAAAACUUAAUUAAAACCAAAAAUACAAAGUCCUGCCUUUUUGUAAAAUCUGUGCAUUAUUGAGGUCUGUGUGCAGCGCAUUGUGUACAAACCAACGGAAUUGCCUGUUUGUGAAAACUCUAAAAACGGAGUACAUUUGUACAUGCUUGUAAUUUUUGGCACUGUGCCAUCGCUAUGUAGUACACAACAUGUACUUCAAUGUACAAAAUUGCAAAUCAAACUUGGCUGUUCGUGAAAACUUACUGUCCUAAUAAUAUAGUGUAAAAUGUCAUUUUAUUUUAUGUAGGCCUACAUCUUGAAUAAAUUUCCCUACUUUACCAAAAUAUGGAGCCACUGCUGACAGCACAUGUCCCGCAUUUGAGGUACCAAUUAGUUGACUCCACAAAAAUGCAGACCAUACCUGUUCCCUGAUAUUUUUCCAGGGGCAUUUUUUGAUCACAAGUAUACUAAUUACAGGUUUUUUGUGCUUGAAAGAAAUCUUUGAAAAGGACAAGGGGUAACUCUUAACAGAAAGAUUUUAGACACUGUGCUCCUCUAGUUCGUUUCUUUUUAGUUUCAAGAAUAUAAUACAUGUAUGAGGCUCAGAUUUGCAUACAGUAAUGGAAAACUACAUCCGUGUACAUUGCCCCCAUGGUUGAGCAUGAAACAAAAUAUUGUGCAAACAAAUAUUAUUAAGUUUGUUUAGUUUUUAAUCAUUGAAAACUAGCCAAUUAAUUUGUACUUAAAACCAAUGUUGUCAAAGCAACCCUUUGAAUAAUUAUUUUUUUCUUCAACUCUACAUGUUCAAUAUUGUCCGUGUAAUUGCGUUUAAAUCAAUUUGUUUAGGAUGAAUAGUGUCAUUAUAAUAUUGUGUUUUUCAGUUUGGUUACAUUAGCUUUAAAGGGACUGGACACUAUUGGUAAUUACUCAAAAUAAUUU